AUGAACCAGACGAUGCGUGUUAAAAGUCAGAUACCAUUCGAAGCCUCAUUUCCUUGCCUAAAUCCAGAUGCGACUCCCGUGAUAGUCCCUUUGCCGGGUGUCUCAUACCGUUUCACCAUACCUAAGCAACAAGGUCUCAAGAUACUGACCGGUUUGAACAAUGGCAACAAACUGCAACUCAAAAUUGACUGGAAAGACAACCUACCAGCCAUGACUGGUCAGCUUAAAGGCGAAUCAAGAAGAUUGGAGCUAUCUCAUUCCUUCUCUCGAUUCGUAGAUGAGUUCUCUCUAGAUAGUAAAGGACUUGAAUUAUAUGCUUGUUUACUACCUUCCCUUGACACAGAUUGCUCCAGAGGUUGUAUCGCGGUGCUGGAAAGAUUCUCGCUUGAAAGUGAUCUCGUCGUGUUCGUUUUCAAAGGAUUAAAGAGGGCCAUAAUUAAAAGCCCGGAACUGAACUUGAAGAAUCAACUGUGGGUGAGUAGAGUGGUUGUUCCCAAGGACGACGUUGAGUUAUCGUACGCUUGGAGCCAGAGUGCCCGCGAAGUAGCUGCAGAACAGAUACAAAAAGGCUUUGCGGAGCUGACGGCAACUCUUGAUGAAUUCCGGUCCCGCUACAAGCGAUCUCUUCAACGCAAGGAUGGAGAAUUUGGUAGCCUUCUAUUAAUGUCUCCGCUUGCUAAUUUGCUAUUUAUUCAAUUAAGCAGGGCGCAGUUCACAAACUCGUGGGAAGCCCUCAACAAGUCUUACAACAAACUCAACACACGCAAAAUAGAGGGGCAGAAGUUUUUGAAUCUCUUCACGUUACUGGAUACGACGGUGUCUGUCUUGCCUACGACAGAGUCUCAGAGAUUGAGAUUUUUGUCGUUAGACGAUCCAUCUGAGAGGUUGAAGGAUUUCAUUAAAUUAAAGGAAAAACUCAUUUUGUUACUAUCGGACCUUUACAACUCUGCUAGAAUAGCAGGAAGCCAACUCAAUGGGUUAACGCCUCAAGAAAAAGCCAAUUUUUUAGCUCUCCAUCUUAAUGCUUUGCGUGAUUUCCUAGGCCUCGUCCGUCAAAGUCGAGAGGGGACAAUGGUGUCACAUCGUAAAGACGGUGAGAAAGUCAUAAUGAAAUCAAAGAGCGUCGAGGUGAAUGAUGACGAAGAUGAUUUUAAAGCAAUUGAAAAGUUCUUGGAAGGAUUAAACGAGAAUGAUAUUCACUCAGAUGGACUAAACUUGUUGCGCAAAGAUUUGAAAAGGAUGAAAAAGAUGCAACCACAAAGUGCGGAGUAUCAGGUACUCAAAAAUUACUUUGACGUAAUACUGGAGAUUCCUUUUAAGGUACGCAAUAAACAAGUGACGAACAUAGAUCUCAACAGAUCCAAAGAAAAGUUGGACUCUGAUCAUUUCGGAUUAAAAACUGUUAAAAAGAGACUGAUGGAAUAUCUUGCUGUGCUCAAACUAGGUGAAGCAUUCGAAAAGUCUGCCUCACAGUCAAGGGCACCAAUUUUGCUACUUGUGGGGCCACCUGGAGUGGGUAAAACGUCUGUUGCGAAGUCUGUUGCUGAAGUUUUGGGGCGAAAGUUUCAUAGAAUAUCACUUGCUGGGAUCUACAGUGAAGCAGAAAUAAGAGGACACCGGAGGACUUAUGUUGGUUCAAUGUCUGGGCUAAUCAUAAAUGCAUUGCGCAAGAGCGGCUCAAUGAAACCAUUAGUUUUGCUGGACGAAAUUGAUAAAGUCUUGAGUUUGACCGGGGGAGGCCGUGGAGCUAGCAUAAACGGCGAUCCUGGAGCAGCACUUCUAGAAGUUUUAGAUCCGGAACAGAAUUGUUCUUUCACAGAUCAUUACGUUGGGUUUCCUGUGGACUUGUCCCAUGUAUUAUUUUUCUGUACCGCGAACGACGUUGCGGGUAUUUCAGCUCCUUUGCUGAAUAGAAUGGAGGUCACUGAAAUUCCCGGAUACACAAUGGAGGAGAAGAUUGAGAUAGGGACCAAGUUUUUGCUUCCUAAGCAGAUAAGGUUGAAUGGCUUGGAUAAAAUAGAGGAGGCAAUUAUUCUUUCAAAAGAUGCUUGGAGUGAAAUUGUUUCCGGAUAUACAAGAGAACCCGGUGUUCGCGGCCUAGAGAGAAAAUUAGCAGGAAUCGUGCGGGGAAAAGUCGUCGAGUUUGUGCAGGGCACGCUUAAUAGCCGGUGUGAAACCGUAACGGCUAAGGAACUUGUGAAAUAUCUUGGGUUCCCCUUGCAUCCAAUUUCCAGAGACUUGAUUAAGCAAGUCAAAUUUGCUGACGAAAGCGGCGUUGUUAAUGGUCUUGCUUAUAACUCUGACGGUACGGGUGGAGUAUUGAUAUUCGAAGUGAUCAAAACAGGGAAGUUGGAGGGACGUGAAAAUGGACCCCGAAUUCGCACUACUGGCAAUUUGGGUAAGCUUUUGAACGAAUCAAUUGAAAUUGCUGUCGCGUUAGUUAAAUCCUUGCGGGAACGAAGAAUUAUUACUGGAUUAUCCAACGAUCUUUUCGAAGAUUUCGUGCGUUCAGACCUGCAUUUGCAUGUACCAAUGGGUGCUGUAUCGAAAGACGGCCCCAGUGCAGGUGUUGCAAUCACACUUGCGUUGUUAUCCACAGUGUUCAAGAUUCCAGUACCCGCCAAUUUAUGCAUGACUGGAGAGAUAACAUCGCGCGGGAAAGUGCUCCCCAUAGGAGGGGUUAAAGAAAAGCUGCUAGGAGCCCGGUUGUUCGGUAUGGAGAAGGUCUUGGUGCCCUUAUCUAACAGGCCUGAUGUCAUAGAAUCAGUCAUGGAACCCGAACAAUUUGAAAGUUGCCUAGCUGCUGCAGGUAAGCCAGAACUUCUUACGCUCAAAGAAGAAUGGCAUCUUGAAUUGUAUUACAUUGACGAUCUUUUUGACGCCAUUGUUUAUUGCUGGCCACACAGUUUCCAAUCUACUGGCUCAAGGUUGUUAUUGGCACCUCUGAGCAGCACUCUGCGAGCAGCGCUUUAG